AUGGCGGUGGCCAGGAAGAUCAAAACUUUGCUGACGGUCAACAUCCUGGUGUUCGUGGGCAUCGUCCUCUUCUCCGUGUACUGCCGCCUGCAGGAGCGCUCCGGGCAGCUGGUGCAGAUGGGGCGCAGCGCCGACCGCCGCGUGCGCAGCCGGCACGCCAAGGGGGGCGCGCUGCUGGACCGAGAGGCCAUCCUGCAGCGCCUCGACCACCUGGAGGAGGUGGUGUACAACCAGCUGAAUGGUAGCAUCGUGGGCCAAGCUGCGAGCUCCUCUUCCCCUGUCCCACCCCGUCCCACGCUCCGUGUGUUUGAGGUGCAGUUCCACCUGACGCGGUGCAGACAGCUGUCCUACUCUGAGGGCCUGCCCCAGAUCUCUGUAGUCUUCAUCUUUGUCAAUGAGGCCCUCUCGGUCAUCCUGCGAUCAGUGCACAGCGUGGUCAACCACACCCCCUCCCAGCUCCUCAAGGAGGUCAUCCUGGUGGACGACAACAGUGACAAUGUGGAGCUCAAGUUCAACCUGGACCAGUACGUCCACAAGAGGUACCCCGGCCUUGUGAAGAUUGUCCGCAACAGCAAGCGUGAGGGCCUGAUCCGAGCCCGGCUGCAGGGCUGGAAGGUGGCCACCGCCCCCGUUGUUGGCUUCUUUGACGCCCACGUGGAGUUCAACACAGGCUGGGCAGAGCCGGCGCUAACCAGGAUCCGGGAGGACCGGCGCCGCAUCAUCCUGCCGGCCAUUGACAACAUCAAGUACAGCACGUUCGAGGUGCAGCAGUACGCCAACGCGGCCCACGGCUACAACUGGGGGCUGUGGUGCAUGUACAUCAUCCCACCGCAGGACUGGCUGGACCACGGCGAUGAGUCGGCGCCCAUCAGGACGCCCGCCAUGAUCGGCUGCUCGUUCGUGGUGGACCGGGAAUAUUUCGGGGACAUUGGCCUGCUAGACCCGGGCAUGGAGGUGUACGGUGGAGAGAACAUUGAGCUGGGCAUGCGGGUAUGGCAGUGUGGUGGCAGCAUGGAGGUGCUGCCCUGCUCCCGUGUGGCCCACAUCGAGCGUACCAAGAAGCCCUACAACAACGACAUUGACUAUUACGCUAAGCGCAAUGCCCUGCGGGCAGCAGAGGUGUGGAUGGACGACUUCAAGUCCCACGUGUACAUGGCCUGGAACAUCCCCAUGACCAACCCUGGCGUGGACUUUGGGGACGUGUCUGAGCGGCUGGCCUUGCGUCAGAAGCUGAAAUGCCGCAGUUUCAAGUGGUACCUGGAGAAUGUGUACCCGGAGAUGAGGAUCUACAACGACACCCUCACGUACGGAGAGGUGAGGAACAGCAAGGCCAGUGGCUACUGCCUGGACCAGGGAGCGGAGGACGAUGACCGUGCCAUCCUGUACCCCUGCCAUGGGAUGUCCUCCCAGCUGGUGCGGUACAGCGCGGAGGGCCUCCUGCAGCUGGGCCCGCUGGGCUCCACUGCCUUCCUGCCCGACUCCAAGUGUCUGGUGGAUGAUGGCAAGGACCGCACGCCUGCCCUCAAGAAGUGCGAGGAUGUGGCCAGGCCGGCCCAGCGGCUGUGGGACUUCACGCAGGGCGGCCCCAUCAUCAGCCGGGACACAGGCCGGUGCCUGGAGGUGGAGAUGGCCAAGGACGCCCACUUCGGGCUGCGGCUGGUGGUACAACGAUGCUCGGGGCAGAAGUGGGCCAUCAGGAACUGGGUCAAGCACGGACGCCACUGACCACCACC